AUGGUACGUGCUAUAGCCUGCCUGCUGCUUCUUGCAGCAGCAGUUCAAGCCAAACAUGAACAAUAUGAAGGCCACUUCUUGUACCAAGUGUGGGGCCCAUCCGAAGGUAUUGCUAACUUGGAAGGUCAUUUAGACAUCCUUUCAGCAACACCCGCAUAUAGAUCGGAAUCUAAAAAACUCGAGGCUCUAGUCAGACUUUCACCUGAAGAAAAAGUGGAAUGGCUACCAUUUUUCGAGAAGCAUCAGAUGGGAUACAAAUUGGUAUCAGACAACUUGGCACGUAUUCUCCAAAAUGAAGAAUUUGAAAAUUCGCGAGCAAGGAACGCUACUGACCAAAACAGCACAAUUACUUGGGAUGCAUAUUACGAUUCAAAUACGAUUAACAAGUAUUUAGAUGAAGUUGGUGCAAAAUACCCUGAAAUCGUGACCGUUAUUAACGCCGGCCUAAGUUACGAAGGUCGACAAAUCAAAUAUGUAAGGAUAUCCACGACCCGCUUCGAAAACCUUCGGAAGCCUGUGAUCGUUAUCGACGCAGCAGCUCAUGCAAGGGAAUGGGUCACCCCACCGGUAGCUUUGUACAUAAUCCAGCAAUUGGUCGAACGCAGCGAGAAAGAUCUUACUGAUCUCAUCGACUGGAUUAUUAUACCCAUGGCCAAUCCGGAUGGUUACGAGUAUUCUAUGAAUGAGGACCGUUUAUGGCGUAAGACUCGAUCAAAGUCUCACAACGGUAGUGAAGAAUGUCCUGGAGUUGAUAUGAACCGUAACUUCGCAUUCAGUUGGGGUACAGUGGCCGCUAACUCCAACCCCUGUUCUAUCAUCUACGAAGGACCUGCCGUUUUCUCCGAACCUGAAACUCGCGUCAUAAGAGACGCAGUCUUAUCUCAAUUGGACCGCACAUACCUCUACAUCUCCCUACACAGUUUUGGCAAUAUGCUCCUAUAUGCUUGGGGAAACGGUUCCCUUCCAUCUAACGCUCUGUCAGUUCAUUACGCUGGUAUUCAAAUGGCAUCAGCCAUUGAUAAGCUAAAGUUAGAAAAAGCUCCGAUCUACAUCGUCGGUAAUGCGGCUAAUGUUUUAUACUUCACCACCGGUACCUCUCGUGACUGGACCCGCCUCGUUGGUAUCCCCCUCACGUAUACUAUGGAACUGCCUGGCUAUGAAUACCAAUUCAUGGUCCCACCGACUUACAUCUCACAAAUUAUCACCGAAUCUUGGGCAGGCAUUGUCGCUGGUGCCCGCUAUGUUCUAUCUCUUUAA